UUUGUUCCCAACUCAAUGUUUUCUUCUUCUUCUACUUCUCCUCUUUUAUUCUCCAUUUUUAUUUCUGCCCUAAUUUUAUUUACAAAUGUUGAAGCAAGAGGAGGUCGGCGUGGAGGGAAAGGACGUGGAAAAACAAAUCUUCAAUUCGCUCAAGUUGCUGAAUUUAGUUUAAUUUCUUCUCAAUUGCCUGAUAAUAGAAGCGCCCAAAUUAUCACUGGCUCUCACUUUAGUCAAAUUUUCAGGCUUGGCUUUAAAUUGAGAUUAAUUUGUAAAGCUUAUGGAGAACCCCGUCCAAUGAUUAAAUGGUAUAAAGAAGGUGCAGAAAUGCAACCAAAACCAAAUGUUCAUUAUUAUGAAAAACCUUUAAGCAAAAAUAAAAUUUGGAGUAAAUUGGAAAUUGACCCAGCAACAAUGGGUGACCAAGGAAUAUAUGCUUGUGUUGCUAAUAAUCAGUAUGGGGUGAUGGCAAAAAAUUUUAAAGCUGAAUAUACUUAUUGA